CGAUUCAACUGUCGAUCGAGCUAUGAUUUCGAGCACAUAUUGUAUUUAUUACUAACACUCUACGUUAAGGUUCCGCAUUGAGUUUUCUUUGAGUUAAAUUGUUGAUAAAGAUGAGUUUCGAGAUUCCGAAAUGCGUGUCGGAACUUUCAAUUGAGGAGCCAGAUGCCCCCACCGAGAAAGUGGUCCGUAUCAAAAGCGUCAAAAAAAAGAAAUUGAAGAAGAAUGUUACCAAGAAGCCAAUGACUCCAUUGGAAGCAAUGCAGCAUGUGAUGUGGCGUGAGCAUCGUGCACGUAUUCUGAAUAUCUGUAGCGAUCUAGAUCGGUCGCCGCCCGCUAUUCAAGCGGUGCGACAGACACGCGUAAAUACGUUGCGCGACGAGGCACAGAACUUUAUGACACGAACAAGGGAUAACAUUCAUUUGCUGCUUGGUCUGUCGCAGACCAUACGCACCCACGGCGCCAUCAAUCCAUUUCGCUACGAUGCUCCUUAUGUGAUGUCUGCGGUGCCGAGCAUCAUUGCCAACUUGGAGCGACUGGAACAGGAUAAUUAUGACUUAGGCAAGCACCUAUUGACUGUGCACAGCAUGACCGACUCGGGCAUUAGACCUGAUGGGCAGGGCAACAAGCGGAAGUUCCAGCCCUUUGUCAUGCCCGACGAUGCCUUAGCCAAGUACAAGUCGUUCAACCUCAAGCUACCCACGACGAACAAGGAGCGCUGGCAGCUCUUUCGUCCGCGCAUCUACUUCGACAUUUACCUGAAGGACGCACGCCCACUCGGACGCUUCGUCGUUCAGCUAUAUACAGAGGCAGCGCCAGUGGUUGUGCUGCAGCUGGUGCGUGCUUGCAUGUGCAAUAUGCACAACAAGUUCCAGAUCAAACGCCUGUUUCCCCAGCUCUGGCUGGAUGUCGAGCUGCCCACGGACAACAAUCCCGCGUUGAAUAGGGCCUUGGAGUACGACGGCAAGGUCAUCGAUCAUGGCGCAAACAGCUAUGUGCUCUCCUUUAGUAAAGACCAUCUGCAGGGCUUUGGCAGCAGCAUCCCCUUCUCCAUCUCGUUCAAGCCGCUGCAGGUGGUGAACGGCACACGCGUCGGCUUCGGUCGUGUGGUCAAGGGCAUCAAGAUCUUUGAUUGCCUGCAGAACUAUGGCACCAAGAAUGGCACUCUGAGCCGUGGCAUUCUCAUCACCGAUUGCGGCGUGUUUUAAUGACUUGAUACCUAUAUCGGUUCAGUUGCGCCAAAUUUAAUGUAGUCCAGUAGUGUAUCAGUUUAUAAAUUGAAACGGGGUAAACCUAGGGGUAUUUAUCAAAUGUCAAAUUAUUAUAGCUUCAAUUUGGGAUGUUCGAUGUCAGUACAUUUUUAUAAGCUAAUCAUAUAGGGUCGUAGGGAUAAAUUAAAAGAUAUAACAAAUUUA